GAUUUACGGAACACGUGGCGACUGGGAAGUUGUCAGGUUAUACCAUUUGGUUUUAAGGAUUUACGGAACACGUGGCGACUGGGAAGUUGUCAGGUUAUACCAUUUGGUUUUAAGGAUUUACGGAAUACGUGGCGACUGGGAAGUUGUCAGGUUAUACCAUUUGGUUUUAAGGAUUUACGGAACACGUGGCGACUGGGAAGUUGUCAGGUUAUACCAUUUGGUUUUAAGGAUUUACGGAACACGUGGCGACUGGGAAGUUGUCAGGUUAUACCAUUUGGUUUUAAGGAUUUACGUGGCGACUGGUGUCAGGAAGAACAAAAAUUUUCAAACAUUCGCCGUUCAGUACCGACGUGUAUUAAUAUCAAAUCGUGUUUUACAGAGACAGCACUUCUUCUGAGUGGGAAGUUUUCCAAAAUGCGGACUAUGAAUGACACGCAAGACAUAAGAAGGAAUCUCCGUCUCCGGUAUCCCAAAGACCCAGCUAAAGAGAGGAGCCAACAAUAUUGCGUAGUGUUUGAAGUUACGAAGUCUCAUCACAAGUGCUCACCCCUUGGAAAAGAUGCGACCAAACUAAAGAAAGGAGAACGAGUUUGCGUGGCCUGCGAAACCGCAGCAAUGAGAAAGCAUUUGGGAUAUCGCUGUAAAGGUCAUGGGGUUGACGGCAAGUCUACUCGCUGGGCUGCUCUGGAUGCUUCCAGCUGCCACGGCCGUUGGGUUAAAAUAAGCGAACAUUCCGCUUGUACGUGUAACACGGCUGCAGUUCCAGAUUUCAUAUUCGUCUGAGUGAAACAAUGGAGCUAAUCGAAAAGUAAAAAAAACUAAUAAAUUUUGAAAUUUCUUGUAAAAUAAGCGGGUUAAACGGAGAAUUAAUUUACAACAUUAGGUUUAAGUAAUUGAUUUUAAAUGGGUGAAUCUUCAGUUCAAUACAAACAUCUAAAAUAUUCAGUAUCUCGUUACCUGUGUCUUUACAUAUGUUUUCAGAUUAGGCCUAGAUAUUGAAUUAUCACUGCGGCAUUUGCACAAACUUAGAUACGAUUUUUCUGAGAAAAUUAGAAUGUUGGCGCUAUCAGUGUAGACCCUUUUAAAGUAUUCUCCACUGUGAACAGUAAAAGCUAUAAAUCAAGUAAACCAGUUCAAUAUUGUUAGACUUAUGUUUGUUUUUUAAAUAACCAGUCAGUACGUUUCUCUAAAGCAAAAUUUAAUUUCUUGUGGCAUUUUUUUUUUUUCAGUUUUAUAUCCCGUUCACGUUUAAUCUUUCAUGUUCACAGUUAAUGUGAUGAUAUGUUUAGUGUCAUUUAAAUGUGAACAGCAACUUGAAAUGGAUGUAGGUUCACAAUUGUAUUUCUAGGAUAUACGUUCUUUAUUUCAGUUUAUUAACAACAGCAGGGAUUUUUAAUUCUCAAAGACUUGAAAUUUAGAACCGGUCCUAGAGUAGUAAACUUUUGGAUUGGAGUUUUUUAACUUUUAAAAUAAUAUUGUCCACCCCAUUUCUAAGUGUACGUUUUCAACAUAAGUUCAUUUGUUACUGUAUAUGUUUUCAUGGCGGUCUGGUGUGUCGCCGUUCUCUAAAAUAGUUGCUACCUUUUGCUUUUCUCAGAUAUAAUACAUUAAAGUGACUUGCUAAGUAGAUGGAACACACUAGUAUAUUUUUUUAUUGUUAACUUUUCUUUAUUGAAAUGUCUCUAUUGUUUGAAAUAGUUGUGUGUUAGGCCUAAGUGAUACACGAGAAUAUUUUUUUUCUUCUUAAUUUAAGGAUUCCGUUCAUUUUCUUUAUUGAAAUGUCUCUAUUGUUUGAAAUAGUUGUGUGUUAGGCCUAAGUGACACACGAAUUUUUUUUUCUUCUUAAUUUAAGGAUUCCGUUCCUUUUCUUUAUUGAAAUGUCUCGAUUCUUUGAACUGGUUAUGUGCUAAGCCUGAGUGUUCAUUAUUAUUAUUAUAAACCUUAGGACAAAGCCGUACCGUUUACUAACAAUAGUAACAUUACACAUUAAAAUGACACCAGCUGAAUAAUUUCUUUGUAAAAACAUUACAAUUAAAUCAAGUAAAAUUUUACCUAAACUUGUAAUCGUCGCAAUUAGUAUUUUUUUAACUAAACUUGAUGUUAUUCAUUUAAGUAGAAUUUUGUUACAAGUUACAGAUUUUACAGUAAGAAAGAAUUUUUAUUUAAACAUGUACAACAUUUUAGUUGUUGGUGCGAUCAUUCUCAAAUACACAAGUUUUAACGGCAAAAAAAGUUUUAGUAUUUAAAUCAACAUUCAACAAUAAAAUAGGCGAUGGUGAGAAAAAACUGGACCAAACAUAUAAUUUAAUAUGUCGUUAGUAUAUGCGAAAAGAAGAAGAUAAAACUGAAAUAUUUUCAAGAAAACUUAGGUGGAAAGUUCCUCUUUUUUUAUCUGCAAGAAACGAAAAUCAAGGGUACGAUUUCACAUGGAACUUGUAAAGGUAAUUCACAUUUAACCUUUUGAUAACCAAAAUAAUUUCAUCAUGUACCGACAGGUUUUUUUGCAUUACAGCACAUUUUUACUACUAGUGCCUUAUAGAAAUUAAUUACAAAUUCAUCAAUAGGUUAUUCUUCCACAGACAAAAGAAACGUAAAACGAUGUCUUGAUGAUAGAAGGGUCACGCAUGUUUUGGAAUAUUACUUUGACGUUUUUUAAAUACAGGAUUUUCAACAUUUUGUUUUAAAAGUGUGCGGGAUUCUUUUUUUUUUAACUUUAGCACUUAUAGCGAAUCUUUCCAAGUGAUUUCUUUUAAAAUUUACUUAAUUAUAUAUAUAUCAAUAUAUCGAAUGUGAGCCCUCAUGGUAGCUAUGGUCUUACUCUGUUUUCUCUCCUCCUUGGAGUAAAUGAGUGGCCAGUCUUCGAUCGAGUAUAAUCGAUGUGAUUUGAUUUUAGUGUUUAUUGCCUCGGCUGAAAGUAGGUCAUAGUUUAGAAUAGCAUAAAAGAUAUGGCUGAAGGUAAUCACGUUGGAUAUGGUAAAUUACACGCGAAAUCGUGAGAUUAUAACGUUUCCUUUAUUUCUCGGUAUUUCGGUGUGUGAAUCAAAACAAGCGCGUGCUUUGACGUGUCAGGUAUGUUUUGUGUACUAAUACGUCACUGACAGAAACUUAUAUAAAACGCUCAAUGCAUGUGCUGUUUAAGUUUAAAAACGAAUGUUUAGAUAUUUAGAAUCAUAAGCUUGUUUAGAUUUAGGCCUAGUUAUAAUACUAGUAACGUUUAAAAAUUCAAUGUUGUGUUUUCGCUGAUACUCAGUUAGGUACGUGUAUGAAGUAUCAAAUAAAGUAUUAGAGAGUGUGUGUUAAAAGCUUCUAUUUUCUCACAUCGUACUUUAGAAAUGUUUAUUAUACAGCUAGGAAUGUUUACUUUUAUGUCUGACUGGCUUUGUUUAUAUACAAAGACCUUGAAACUUUACAUGUGCUUUUUUAUACACUUGUCAUGUUUUAAAUAAAAAAAAAAGGUCUUUUUUUUC